AUGGCACCUGAAAAUCAACCAUCGACAGGUCCUCCGACUUUUAAUGAAGAGAAUUAUCACAUAUGGGACAUCAAAAUGAAGGCUUAUCUAAAGGCUCUUAACUUAUGGGAUGUUUUUGAGCUUGGAGAACCUUCUAUCCAUCCAUUGAGAGUUAAUGCAAUACCUAAUGAAAUUAAGAAGUAUGAUGAGUUGGUGACUAGAUCUCCACGAGCUCUCACUUGCAUAUAUUCAAGUAAUACAGACGUGAUGUUUACGAGUAUUAUGACUUGUGAAACAGCCAAAAAGGCUUGGGAUAAGUUAAAAGAGGAGUUUGAAGGAAACAAUAGAGUAAAGUUUGUUAGACUCUUAGCAUUAAAGAGAGAGUUUGAGGUUUUGAAGAUGAAAGACUUAGACAGUGUGAAAGAAUACUCUUCAAAGCUGAUGGAGAUUGUGAGCCAGAUAAGAAUACUUGGAGAAACCUUUCCAGAUCAGAAAGUUGUAGAGAAGAUCAUGGUCAGUCUUCCAAACAAGUUUGAAUAA